AUGCUCGAUUCCUUUAUGAACAAGGGAGGAUUCCAAGUUGCGAAAUGCAAAACUCUGUUGAAACUGUCAAUUCCCCGAAUAAAGUUACUGAGAAACAGAAGAGAGAUACAAAUAAAGCAAAUGCGUAGAGAAAUUGCCAAGCUCCUUGAGACCGGUCAAGAAGCCACUGCUCGGAUUCGGGUUGAGCAUAUUAUAAGAGAAGAGAAGAUGAUGGCAGCACAGGAGAUAAUUGAGCUAUUCUGCGAGCUUAUUGCUGUUCGUCUUCCGGUCAUUGAAGCACAAAGGGAGUGUCCACUAGACUUGAAAGAAGCAAUUUCCAGUGUAUGCUUUGCUGCACCAAGGUGCGCCGAUCUCCCAGAGUUACUGCAGGUUCAAAUGCUGUUUACUGGCAAAUACGGAAAAGAAUUUGUUUCAUCUGCAACUGAGCUUAUGCCGGAAUGUGGUGUAAAUCGCCAGUUGGUGGAGUUGUUAUCUGUUCGAGCUCCUGCUCCUAAUGUUAAACUGAAGCUGCUUAAGGAAAUUGCUGAGGAGCACGAGCUAGACUGGGAUCCAAGUGCAUCUGAAACUGAAUUGCUGAAGCCACAUGAAGACUUACUGAGCGGGUCGACACAAUUUGUCAGUGGUUCUAAGGUGCCCCUUCACAAAGAGAAACAUGAUGAACCACUAUAUUCUGCUUCUAAACAAGACACGGAAAAACAGUCAGACUCUGAUGCUGAGUUUGAAAUAUUAGAUUUUCCCGAAGUUCCUAAGCAGCCAUUACAAUCGAGUAAAAACACUGUCUCGGCACCAGAAAUGCUUCCUUUUCCUGCCUCUGCCCUAUCUGAAAGUUACGAAGAAGAUUCAGAACCUUAUGGAGAUAAAAAUAAUCUGUCAGAAGAAGUCUUGCUGGAUAAAUCACUUAGCAGGGAACUUGACUCCCCCAAUAUUUUGUUGGGUCCAGUGGAUGACAAACAGUUUGUGCCAUUCAUGUCUCCUCCAUCACAAUCUUCUGCAUCGGUUCCUGUGAGACAAGGCAAUGUACCUCCCCAUGUCGUGGGGAUCAAAAGUGGGAACAAUGUGGAUUUACAGGAUGUACUGGCUGCUGCACUGGCAGCUGCUGAUAGUGCUGAGCGUGCAGCAGCUGCUGCCCACUCUGCGGCUAGCCUUGCCCAGUUUAGAAUCAGUGAACUUGUCAAUAAAAAUAAUGGCGAGGUUUCAGAUGGUAGUGUUGAAAACCCGUUUCAUGGUAACAAUGCAAAGUUGGACAACGUAGAAAAUCCCGUUUUGGAUAAUCAAAGUUCAUUUGGUUCUGACAGUGUUUUGGGUUCUCCUAGCAUACAUCAGGCGUCAAACCUUACUUCAGGUAACGACGCCAAAGGGGAAUCCUCGCCCAAAAAUCAUGUCGUCAGCCCUGGUACUGCUCACCAACCUCAGAGAUUACCUUCAAUGGAUGAUGAGACAUUUCUCUCGUACCCAAACCUGUUCACUAGGCAAAGCUCAAAUCUUAGUUCUCAUGCUCAGUCAUUUACAGAAAAUUCCAGAUCGACCCAGGAUCACUAUGUGACUGCCCUAGUGUAUAUGGAUUCAACCAUGGAGGCAGCACUUCCGGAGCCAUGUGCCGCCUCUGGCAUCUAUGCGACUGCUCUAGCUGACAUGGCCGAAACUGUGGAGGCAGCGCUUCCGGAGCCUAAAUGGCGGAUACAGCCUCCAGUAGCUAUGUGA